AUGGAGCGCUUCAUUGAUAACUUACCGCCGAUGGAUCUGAUGCGAUCGGAGAAGAUGACUUUCGUUCAACUCAUCAUCCCGGUCGAGUCCGCUCAGCGUGCCGUCUCCUAUUUAGGCGAACUCGGUCUUCUUCAAUUCAGAGACUUAAAUGCUGACAAAAGCCCUUUCCAGAGAACGUUUGUUAAUCAGGUAAAGCGAUGUGCAGAAAUGUCAAGAAAGCUACGAUUUUUCAAGGAUCAAAUCGAUAAAGCUGGUCUAAUGUCGUCUUCUCGUACUCUAUUGCAACCGGACAUUGACUUGGAGGAUUUAGAGGUACAUCUUGCUGAGCACGAACAUGAGCUAAUUGAAAUGAACUCUAAUAGUGACAAGCUUCGGCAAUCAUAUAACGAACUUUUGGAGUUCAAGAUUGUAUUACAGAAGGCAUGCAGUUUUCUUAUUUCUAGUCAUGGUCGUGCUAUUUCAGACGAGGUAGAACUACAAGAUAAUGUGUACUCAAAUGGGGACUAUGUUGAUACAUCAUCUUUGCUUGAUCAGGAAAUGAGACCCGAGCCAUCAAAUACGUCUGGUUUAAGAUUUAUCAGUGGGAUAAUUUGUAAAUCCAAGGCUCUUAGGUUCGAAAGAAUGUUAUUUCGUGCUACAAGAGGCAAUAUGCUUUUCAAUCAUGCACCAGCUGGCGAACAAAUCAUGGAUCCUGUUUCAACUGAGAUGAUUGAGAAAACAGUAUUCGUUGUGUUUUUCUCCGGGGAACAGGCAAGAACAAAGAUUCUGAAAAUUUGCGAGGCAUUUGGUGCAAAUUGUUAUCCUGUUCCUGAAGAUAUAAGCAAGCAUGGCCAAAUAACUAGGGAGGUUACAUCACGUCUUACUGACUUAGAGGCAACUUUGGAUGCUGGGAUUAGGCACCGGAACAAGGCGCUGGCUUCUAUUGCAGACCAUCUAGCAAAAUGGAUGGACCUGGUAAGAAGAGAGAAGGCCGUGUAUGAUACACUGAACAUGUUAAAUUUUGAUGUCACUAAAAAAUGUCUUGUUGGAGAAGGAUGGUGCCCUAUGAUUGCAAAAACACAGAUGCAAGAGGCACUGCGACGUGCAACUUUUGAUAGCAAUUCUCAAGUUGGCAUAAUCUUCCAUCAAAUGGAUGCAGUGGAAUCGCCACCUACAUAUUUUAAGACCAACACUUUCACAAAUCCUUAUCAGGAAAUUGUUGAUGCAUAUGGUGUUGCAAGAUACCAAGAAGCAAAUCCCGCAGUUUACACAACUGUUGUAUUCCCCUUCCUAUUUGCUAUGAUGUUUGGGGACUGGGGUCAUGGAAUUUGCCUGUUGCUGGGAGCAUUAGUUCUUAUAUCACGUGAAAACAAGCUCAGUACACAGAAGCUUGGAAGCUUCAUGGAGAUGCUAUUUGGUGGUCGAUAUGUGAUUCUCUUGAUGUCACUAUUUUCAAUCUAUUGUGGGUUAAUCUACAAUGAGUUCUUUUCUGUUCCUUUUCACAUAUUUGGCCCAUCAGCAUUUCAAUGCCGGGAUACUUCAUGCAGGGAUGCACAUACUAUUGGUUUAGUCAAAUACCGUGAUCCAUACCCAUUUGGUGUGGAUCCUAGCUGGCGUGGAAGUCGUACAGAAUUAUCUUUUUUGAACUCUAUGAAGAUGAAGAUGUCCAUUCUGUUUGGUGUGGCACAUAUGAACUUGGGAAUUAUAUUAAGUUAUUUCAAUGCUCGUUUCUUUGGAAGCUCAUUGGAUAUAAGGUACCAAUUUGUGCCGCAGAUGAUUUUCCUUAACAGUCUCUUUGGAUAUCUUUCCCUUCUCAUUAUUGUUAAGUGGUGUACUGGCUCUCAAGCAGACCUUUAUCAUGUGAUGAUAUAUAUGUUUUUAAGCCCUACGGAUGAACUUGGUGAAAAUCAGUUGUUUUGGGGCCAAAGACCACUUCAAAUUGUGUUAUUGCUUUUGGCUAUAAUUGCAGUUCCAUGGAUGCUCUUUCCAAAACCUUUUAUACUAAAGAAGCUUCAUACUGAGCGAUUUCAAGGCCGUAGUUAUGGUAUUUUGAAUACUUCUGAAAUGGAUCUUGAGGUAGAGCCAGAUUCUGCCAGGGAACAUCAUCAUGAAGAGUUCAAUUUCAGUGAGGUUUUUGUUCACCAAAUGAUUCAUUCCAUCGAGUUUGUUUUAGGUUCAGUUUCUAAUACGGCAUCAUAUCUUCGACUGUGGGCAUUAAGUUUGGCUCACUCCGAACUUUCUACCGUUUUCUAUGAGAAAGUGCUGCUUCUUGCUUGGGGGUAUGACAAUCUCAUCAUUCGGUUAGUGGGGCUAACUGUUUUUGCCUUUGCAACUGCCUUUAUACUACUCAUGAUGGAGAGUCUCAGUGCUUUUCUUCAUGCCCUGCGGCUUCACUGGGUAGAAUUUCAAAAUAAAUUCUACCAUGGUGAUGGCUACAAGUUCAAGCCUUUUUCAUUUGCUUCUUUAACGGAAGAUGACGAUUGA